AAUCAGACAAGGAUCACGCCAAACGACCUUCAGACGUCCACGACUGCUACAAUGCUUCUUCAGCCGACGUGCAUUGGCAUCUGUUGCGUUUCGACGAAGUCAGUCCUGACCCGCCUUUGCCUGUGCCAAUCUCAAGCUCGCGUAUACUCGAUCGACGCCAAGCCCAAACAUGGCUCUUCAGAACUUCCCGGACCUCACAUUCCACCCCGCCCGACCUCAAUCUCUCGAUGACGACGAACGAGAACCACUUCGCAUUGUAAUCGUUGGCGCAGGUCUCUCCGGUCUAGCAGCUGCCAUUGCCCUCGCCCGUGAGGGCCACAAAGUCAUCGUCUUCGAAAGACAGAAACCUUCGCAACCUGAAAAUGACGUUACAGGAAUCGUGCUCUCGCCUAAUGCGAUUCGAAUCCUGCAAGAAUGGAGGCUGCUUGAAGAAGUCCGCAAUAUAUCGCAUGGGAUUGUGGCGCAUGAUGUGAGAAGGUAUGACAACCUGGGCGAGAAGAUUGCCUCCAUUGAUCUACAGGCGAGGAAAGAGGAUCAGCAUUGGUUUGCUAUGAGGAAGGAGUUCUUGCAAUUACUGCGGGUCAGAGCGAAGGAUCGUGGAGUGAGGUUCUAUGAGGGCGUGGAAGUACUGCAUAUUGGCACUGGUGAUGAAGUGGACUAUGGGAGACCUUCAGUUUCGUUGUCUAAUGGAGAGACGAUGGAAGCGGACUUUCUAAUUGGAGCUGAUGGAGCCGGAUCAACGGUUCCGAAGACGUUGUUUCCUACGCACAAGUCGAAGGAUUUGGGACAAACGAUGUGGUCGACGGUCGUGCCUAGCUCGGUACUCGAGGAUCCGGAACUGAAGCAUUUGAAAGAGAACUAUCAGGCUGGUCAUGAUGUCCUCACGCCAGGACCCGGAAAGAGUGUUCUUGUCUUUCCGCUGCCAAAGAGAGACCUGCUAGCUGUGCAGAUCAUGAUCCAGCAGUCUCCAGUCGAACAAGACUCUAAACAAUCAUCCGAUGGCUGGGUCACAGAUCUAUCAAAUCUCAAAACUCGCUUCCAAGACGCAGAUUCUGCCAUCUCCAAGAUUCUCUCAACGAUCAAACACGCCUACAAAUGGCAAGCCACCUCAUCAGCAAAAUUGACCAGCUGGUCAAGUUCAAAAGCCAGAGUCGUACUACUAGGCGACGCAAGUCACUCCAUAACCCCUCUCGGAAACCUCUCCUCAACCCUCUGCCUCGAAGACGCCGCAACCCUCGCCUCCCUCCUCUCAACCGCAACACCAGACCAAAACCUCCGCCACCGCAUCACACUCUACGAAAGCCUCCGAAUCCCACGAAUCAACCGUAUCCGCGAUUUUGCACAACAUCAAAUCGAAAAUUGGACUUUCACCGAUACGGAGCAAAUCCGCGUCAGAAAUGAACUAUGGAAUAAGACUGCGCAGUCCUGGUGGAGAGAUCUACAUCAAAUUGCAGAGCCGGAAAUGAUGGCGGGUUUUGCGUCGCCGGAAUUUCAAGCAUGGUUGAAUCGGUAUGAUGUAUUUGAGGAAGCGAGGAAAGCGAAGAUGAGGGCCGCGAGACUUUGAGCAUGUAGAGAGUUCUUCAAGCCUGGGGUUUUUAUCAUUAUUGUUGACCGCUUCAAUUAGAGUAAUUGCCCAACUCUGCUAUGAUAGGCCAAAUGAGUUCUGUGAUCCUUCUACAAUGCUUUUCCAAUGUUAUGCCUCAACUGUGAAAAUGUGCCAAAAGUGCCAGCCAAAAGCCAAGUUCACCACCUUGGUGCUUUUCUUGUUAACAUGUCCCCAUCGAAAUCUCCUCG